GUUGAACUUAUUCAGACAGUUUUUGCGAUUAAAACAUCCAGUUUGCGAGCAAACUUUAUUUUACAAACUUGUCGGAGUCGAUUUCUCAUCGCGCAAAAGGUUUAUACGCGUGUUUCACGUUUUUUUUCUGUUCAACAAUUAUUAUUAGUGAAUUUUGCGCAACAACAACAAAAUUUUGUUCUUCAUCUUACCAACUGGAGAAAAUUAUUUAUUUAAUAUAAAUAUAAAAAUAUGUGGAGAUAAUUUUUUUCGUUUCGGCGUAAAGAUGACGUAAAAUUUCGCCUUUAUUUUGAAAUGGACCAAAUAUAAAGGUUUUUUUUUUCGUUAUUAUACUUAUUUUGAAACUUUGGUUUCAUUAUAAUUACAUUUAUAUUUGAUAAACAUUAACAGUGUGUGUUAUAUAUUUAAUCAUCGUCUGUGAAGAAAUUUGAAACUUUUGUUUACAAAUAUUAAAGAGUGAUUUAUUUUUCUACAUUAUAUACAAUAUAUAUACAUAUAUUCAAAUAUGGAUCCGUACAUGGAUUAUCAAAAAAGUGAAAUUUCCGAUAAUUAUUAUGGUGCAUUAAAUGAUGAGGAAGGCGAUCAUUUAUUAUUAGAUAUGGAUUCAAUUUCCACUCAAAAAACAAAUUCACUUGUUGCAAGACUACAAGAAACUUCUAGGAAAAAGUGUACAUUAGGUGAAGAAAAGGAGGAAUCUGAUGGUGCGGGAUGGUCGGAAAAACCGAUCAAGGACUGGUGUCAAGAGGAGACGAUAAAUUGGCUAAUAUCGGCGGCUUCCCAUAUGGGCCAAUCCUAUAGUUCGAUACAACACAGUUUGGCAAUUCCGGGCAAAGAUCUCAUCACCCUCACAAGAAAUGAUUUCAUCGCUCACGACUCAAUUUACGGCGAGCGUCUUUAUGAUCUUCUUCAUUCGCAAAGAAAUUCAAAUCUAAACUUUGACGCCUUUCCAAGACAAUCUGAAGACGAAAGCGCAACGAUGAGUUCAACUAAUGCAUCCGAAUCGGAAAAUAGUAUAGAAAUCUCCACAAAACGUUCACCUGGAAGGCCCAGACUAUUAAAAACCAAAAAACCAUCCGGAAGUCAAGGAAAACUUUGGGAAUUUAUUAGAGAUCUUUUAAGAAACAGAAAAACGUGUCCAAGUCUUAUUUGCUGGGAGGAUUAUUCCCAGGCGAAAUUUCGAUUUGUAAGAAGUGACGAAGUCGCAAAACUUUGGGGAUCACGUAAAGGAAACACAAAAAUGACUUACGAAAAACUUAGCAGAGCCAUGAGGUAUUACUACAAAAGGAAAAUAUUCCUUCCAGUUUUGGGAAGACGACUAGUUUAUCAAUUUGGACCCAACGCCACUGGAUGGCAAACGGAUAAUCCAAAUUUUCGUUAUUAAAAACAAAGU